AUGCCGCACUCGACACCUCGCCGUACUCGCGGCCCAGGAAAUCGGCAGAAUCUUGUCAAGCGUGAGCCAGACGCCGCUUCUCGCCAAGAUACAGUUACAGAUGCCAGCACCGAGGCUGGCGAAUCGCUGGAUGGGCCAGAGUUUUAUAGGUCUUUUAUCGAUCCUCGCGGCAACAGAUCUAAUGCCCCGGCGCCUAGUGAACGCACGGCAGAAUCAGAUCCUACAGAUCCCGUGUUUCGAGAAGUGAGAGCUGCUGCUCCGGCUGCAAGCACCGCGACUGCGGCCAGCCCUAGAAAUUUGGAGGAAAGCUUCUUCCAGACCUCGUUCCAAGAUAUUGGCAAGAAGCUCAAGGACUGCAACGAUACCCUUGGAGAGCUGCAGCAACUCGGCGUGUCUCACGAUGUUCAGCUGCCGGAGCUUGUGCUCGUCGGCGAUCAGUCUGCGGGCAAAUCCAGCUUGAUGUCGGGUCUUGCCAACCUGGACUUGCCGCGCAGUGAGGGAACUUGCACUCGAUGCCCUCUGCACAUUCGCGUUUCUCGCAACGCUGACUGGUCCUGUCGCGUGUGGCUGCGGAAAGAAUAUUCCUAUGAGCCUCCGGAUGGCGCCAUACAUGAGACAGACGUCACUUCUAAUGACCCCUUUUUCCCUUGGCGAAAGCGGCCGAGUACCCAGGUUCUGGAGUUCAAGACGAUGCACGACAAGAGCGAGAUUGAAGACGUCUUGCGCUGGGCCCAAAUUGCCAUAUUAAACGAUGACAAAAACCACAAUCUGUUCGUCCCUGGACGGGGCGCUACCGCCAUGAACACGCCAAUUGAAAAGGCGGCAGAAGAGACUUUGGCCAAAUUCUCACCCAAUGUCGUUGCAUUGGAGAUCAAAGGCCCAGACCUGCCGGAUCUGUCAUUCUACGAUAUGCCUGGUAUUUUCCAGAAUCCCGCCGAUGCCAACGACGAGUAUCUGGUCAACGUGGUCCGGAACCUCUCCAGCGCCUACAUCCAGCACCCCUCUGCCAUCAUCAUCUGCGCCAUGCCAAUGAACAGCGAUGCCGAGAAUUCUGCAACCUUUGGCCUCACUCGUAAAUUGAAGGCCAAGGACAGGACUAUCGGUGUGCUCACAAAGGCAGAUCUGCUUCCUGACGGUGGAAAUCACGCCCAGUGGCUCGAGAUCAUGAAGGGGUAUGCUCACGCUACAGGAUUGGGAUACUUUAUUACAUCUCGUCCUCAGGGCAAAGAACUGGAAGAGUUGAAAAAAUGGGAAGAGCGCAUGUUUGAGGAUCAGUCCGUCGAUAAAUGGCCCGCCCCCUUUCAUCAGUUUGUCCACCGCUGCGGCGUUGAACGGCUUAAAGCAUUCCUGUCAGAGCGGCUGGGCGAGGAAUUCGCAAAAAGCUUGCCCACCAUCAAAUCCAAGGUCAAAUACCUUCUCGAUAAAACGAACCGGCAGCUGGCCAAUCUCCCAGAGCUCCCCAGUAACGUGGAACUAGAGAUUCAGACUUGCCUCAACAGCUUUGCUGAUAGUGCCCGCAUCAGGAUUGACGACUUUGCUGCACGCAUCAAUAGCUUGCCCAAUAGUUUCCGAGACUGUCUUUUGGAGAUUAAGCCUAAAUUCACCCUCAAAGACCGCAGCGAUAUUGAUCCAGUAGUACUGUCUGACGAUGAUGAGCCCGAUGCCCCAGCGCCUGGUCCUGCCACGGCAAGUUUCUCCACUCCUUCGAAGCGGCGGCAUCCAGCACAACAGGCAACGCCCUCGAAGCGGUCCCGGACUGACCAUAUGGCCAACGGAGCACCAGAUAUGGUCAAGCCCGAGGACACAGGCAAUGUCAACGUCGGAACUCCCCCGCCUGGAUAUUACAACAUGGGUCUUAUAUAUCCUUUUACGCAAUUUAGCGACAUUGGCCGGGGGUUCCGCACACUUAGGCAAGUCAAAGAAGAAAUACAGGCCAAGAUGAAGGCAGGCAUGCCGAGCAUCAUCCCGCCAGAUGUAUACAAUGACCUAGCCAUGGAGGCUAUCAAGCCAUGGAACCAACCUACAAACGUCUACUUACAAGAAGUGAUCCGCUUGCUCCACGUUGAGCUCGAAACGGCCUUGAACAAGUCCCUCGAGAAUCUCAAGAAGCGCUUCAUAUACCCAGAGGCCAAGCGACAUCUCAAGAGCUGUUUGGAUUCACAUUGGAAAGAAACACGAAAAGCACUCCAAGAGCUUUAUGCUGAUGAGACCGAACGGGUCAUGACAUACAACACGGAAGCAUUUAACCAGUGUCUGAAGAGCGAGAGAGCUGUGCUAGUUCGGUUCCGACACCAUAUGAGAAUGAUAGGAGCAGGUUACGCACAGAAAGAUCUCGUUCCGUGGGAAGGGCUUACAGAAGAAAAGCAAGUCCAAGACUUGAAGAAGCGAGAGCAGGACCAAAACAAGCUGAAGCCGGACGAAUUUGAGCGGGAGGUCGAGGUUGUUGCGUACGUUAGAGGGUACUACAAGCUCGCCGCCCUGCGAUACUCCGAUGCCGUGACGCAGCGCAUCGUUUGCCGCAUGAUCCCCGCCAUUCGCCGGCAGCUGCGCAAUUACCUGGAUGAGCAGCUUGGCGUGCGCGGGCCGAAUUCUGUGAACGUCUACGCGAAGCUCAUGGAUGAAGAUGCCGCGACGGCGGCCAAGCGCGAGAUGCUCAAGAUGGAACAAGGCAAGUUUAUUCAGGCUCUGCAGAGCAUCGAAAGUCUCGAGUCGGAGAUGACUUCGGAUGUGGCGAGCAUUGUUGAGAGUAGUGGUCUGCGGUCGGAUCCAGCCGAGCGACGAGAUUCGAAUGUGACGAUGGAGGUUGAUAUGCGCUAUGCGACGGGAGAGACGUAG